UUCUACAGUGUUGGUAGUUUGUUGCUGGUCCACAUCGUCCGCCAUGUUUCACACCCGGCACCCUUUUCCUCUGUCCCCAUCUCGACAGGACCCCGUGACCUUUGACGACGUGGCCGUGUACUUCUCCCGGCGGCAGUGGCGGCUCCUGGACGAGGCUCAGAGACGCCAGUACCAUGAGGUGAUGCUGGAAAACUUGGCCCUUGCAUCCUCUCUGGGUGGCUGCUGUGGCGCAGAGGAUGCAGACGCUCCCUGUGAACAGAGUGUUUCUGGAGGAGUGUCACCGUCCAGCCCCUCCAAGGCAUCUCUGUCUUCCGUGAAGACCCACUUCUGUGAGAGCUGUGGUCCCGUCUUGAGCGACAUAUUCCAGUUGGCCGAGCACCAAGGAACACCACACAGCCAGCACGUGGUCAGGUGUGGGGUAGGUAGGAAACAAUUUUAUUUGGGUGCAAACUUCCAAAAUCACCAGAAGCAUCACCUGGCAAAGAAGCCCUUCAGAAGCUCUGUGGACAGGGCCCAGCUUGUGAAGAGCGAUAAAUUCCAUGUUUCCGAGAAGCCCUCUCUCUGCGAUGAAGUUGGGAAGGGCUUCCUGGCCACUUCAGAACGUCUCCAGCAGCAGACAACACCCACCAGACAGGAGCCCAACAAAACCGCCCAGUGCUGGGCACCUGCACAAAACAGAAAAAGUCGCUUUACCUGGGGAGACUGUAAGAAACCGUUCAGCCCUAGAAAGAAACACGCUCAGGUCCCGGAUGUCCACCCUGGAAGUCAGUGUGUUGUGCGCCGUGAACGUGGGAAAACAUUCAGAGAUCAGUCCUCAUUAGUUGUUCAGCAGAGAGUUCCCUUACGUGGGAAGCGUUGUGUGUGUGGCCAAUGUGGCCAGUCCUUUUGGAGAACCUCAACCCUCAGUCAGCAUCGACGAUUUCACUGUGGGCCAAAGCAGUACAAGUGCGGCAAAUGCGGGAAGUUCUUUCCCCCAAAAUCUGUGCUCAUUUAUCCCUGGAGAAGUCACCCUGGGGAAAGAUGUGAGUUGUGCCGUGAAUGUGCGCCGUCUUUUAGCCGGAGAUGCAUCCUCAUUCGACAACGGACAGUUCACUCUGGGGAAAGGCGUUAUGAGUGCAUGCAAUGUGGGAAGUCCUUUAGAAGAAAAUUUUACCUCAUUCUGCACUGGAGAGUUCACACUGGAGAAAGGCCCCAUGAAUGCCGUGAGUGUGGGAAAUCUUUCACCAGAUCAGUCCUUACUCUACACCGGAGACUGCACACAGGAGAACGGCCUUUUCGCUGCAGCGAAUGUAAGAGAACCUUUUCCGGUAGUUCCAUACUCAUUCUGCACCAGAGAGCACACACAGGAAAAAGGCCUUAUGAGUGCAGUGAAUGUUGGAAAUCCUUUAGCCAACAAUCUCACCUCAGUCAACACCAGAUAGUUCACAGUGGAAGACAGUCUUAUGAAUGUAGUAAUCAUCAGAGAGUGCACAGCGGAGAAAGGCCUUAUGAGUGCAGCGAAUGCGGGAAGUCUUUUAUCCAAAGGCAUCACCUCAUUACACACCGGAGAGUUCACACCGGAGAAAGGCCACACCAGUGCAAGGACUGUGGAGAGUUUUUUGCUUCUGGUUUUAACCUCCGAAAUCAUCAGAGAAUUCACACCGGAGAAAGGCCUUAUGAGUGUAGCGAAUGUGGCAAGUCCUUCAUCCAAAAAUGUUACUUUCUUACCCACCUGAGAAUUCACACAGGAGAACGGCCUUAUGAGUGCAGUGUAUGUGGGUCAUCUUUUACCACUAAUUACGCCCUCCAUAAACAUCAGAGAGUUCACACAAGCAAAAGGCCGUAUGCGUGUACUGAAUGUGGGAAAUCCUUUAGGACAAAUUCUUACCUCAUUGAACACUGGAGAGUUCACACCGGAGAAAAGCCUUACCAGUGUAGAGAAUGUGAGAAAUCCUUUUCAACGAGAAGAGGCCUACGUUAUCAUCAGAGUGUUCACACCGGAUUAAAGCCUUUUGAGUGUAGUGAAUGCGGGAAAUCUUUUCCCUGUAGCUCAGCACUCAUUCGACAUCAAAGAACUCACACAGGAGAAAGGCCUUACGUGUGUGUUGAAUGUGGGAAAUCCUUUAUCCGAAGGCAUCGUCUUGUUGAACACCAGCGCAUUCACACAAAAGCCUGAGGAUUGUAGAGAAUAUGGGCGAUCUUUCCCUCUCCCCCACCCGCCCUGGGAAAUCUUUUAAGAAUACUUUCUAGUCCAAUUAACAGUGGAUAGUUCAUAAGGGAGAAAGGUGCUUCAUUCCAAAAAUAUGCUAAAUCCUUUAGCCAUAAAUCUUCCCUUUCUUAGCGCCUGGGACAUAAUGUUGGUGAAAGGUCUCAUGAGUGUACUGAACGUAUGAGAUGUUUUAGCUGUAUCUAUGGUGUUUGUUUUUAUCUGAGAGUUCACGUAGGUUGAAGGCUGUAUGGUGCAGCAAAUGUGAAAAAUCGUUUACCCAUAGCUUGCCAGUCUUUCCAUCCCUGUCAGUUCACUCAAUUGAAUGGUCUUAGGGCUGCAUGGAAUUUGCGGAAAUCAUUUUCCGAAAGAAUUUAUCUUAUUGUACAGUGUAGAGUUUGCACUAGAGCAGCGGUUCUCAACCUGUGGGUCGCGACCCCCGUGGCCGUCGAACGACCCU